CAAGCCUGUCAUGAUAACUUGCCAGCCAUCGCUGGUCGACAAUCGACGAUGGCAGGAGACUGUGGUUCAACCUGUCCAGCCUUUGGUGGCUUCUACGCGUACAACCCAAGCGUAGGCGGCAAUGCUGUCCUACUGGUCGCCUUUCUCCUUCUCGCUCUGGCGGCCCCCUAUCUCGGCUUUCGAUCGCGAACAUAUCUAUUCUCUGCGGUGCUCACAACUGGUCUCUUUUUCGAAGUGUUGGGAUUCAUCGGCCGGCUCCUGUUACACUCAAACCGAGACCACCAAGGCCACUUCUUCCUCUUCUUGUUUGGGACAGUUCUCGGCCCGUCGUUUCUCAGCCUCGCCAUCUUUAUCAUCCUCCCUCAUAUCCUAGGCAUCUAUGGGGAGCCCAUCUGCCCGUUCAAGCCACUCCUGGCUGGUCUCGGCUUUUGGGGACUCAGCGCUGGCAGUAUGCUAUUGCAGCUAAUCGGCAUCAUCUUUACAGCAUACGAGUCUAGCGGAGUUACUCGAAAGCAAGGCGCAAUUGUCACAGCCGCUGGCUUGGCCAUCCAAGCCGCCGCAUUGGUGGCAUGCACUGGACUGCAUUUCUGGUUUACCCUGGGCCUCAGCACCAAACGAGGAAGCCUUGAUGCUAGACAUGUCCAGAUCUACUCGUCCUCCCAUUUCAAGAAGUUCCUCAUGGCAAUGGAAAUAGCGUCGACUCUCCUUAUCGUCUACUCGAUCUAUCGCCUCGUUGAGUUUGCGGAUGAAGUGUCGGGGAGCCUCUUCCAGAAUGAGUCUGCUUUUAUGGUGCUUGGAGGAGUAUUGCCAUUCUUUGCUGGCGGCCUCCUGACCUCGUUCCAUCCCGGAACUGCGUUCCUUGGUGCCUGGGACUCGACAUCACCCCGAGGAACUAAGCGUCACAGACGACCAGAUCCGAUCCAGUCUCCGACUCCAAGCGGUCAUCCCGUCCACCAUCUAUACGAACCCGAUAUUCGAAAGCAGCUCUCUCCCACUUCUUCGAAACUCGCAAGAGAUUCUGUGGGCUCUCCCGAGUUGCCACCAGGCUCCCUCGGCCUCCCUUCGCAUCCCAAGGCUACUUUACACCCAUCGAGCCCGAAGAAUGAUGUGACAUCACGCAAGGGGCCGCCUGAACCGUUGAACCUUGCCAACGUUGCUGCUUCGCGACAAAGCUACCGACAAGAUUCUGGAGGCCGGGUGGCGAAGGACAUGGUGCACAGUGAGGAGCUGUGGUAA